ACGACUACUGGCUUAUUUGUCAAAUAAAAACAGAAUACGUUAUAAAGAAUUAAUCAGCCAAUUGAACAUUCGAGAACUAAAAACACGUUAAUUUGAAGAGUUGUUUUGAAUUAUUUGAUUUAUUAGAUCUUGAAUUGAAUUUUGAUGAACUUUUUUUGUUUUCAUCAAUUCAUGGAAAAAUGAAUUCGUGAAAAAAUGAAUCGGGGAAAAACCUAUGACUGUACCAACUUCCAGAAAAGACCUCAUGAUAGUCAAUAUGGGCCCUCACCAUCCAUCAAUGCAUGGCGUUCUCCGACUCAUCGUUACUUUAGACGGUGAAGAUGUUAUUGACUGUGAACCAAUAGUGGGUUAUUUACACAGAGGUAUGGAAAAAAUUGCGGAAAACCGAACAAUUAUACAAUAUUUGCCUUAUGUAACACGUUGGGAUUAUUUAGCUACUAUGUUCACAGAAGCAAUAACUGUAAAUGGACCCGAACAAUUGGGAAAUAUUCAAGUCCCUAAAAGGGCUAGCUAUAUGAGAGUAAUCAUGUUGGAAUUAAGUCGUAUAGCUUCUCAUUUGUUAUGGCUAGGCCCCUUUAUGGCAGAUAUUGGUGCGCAGACCCCCUUCUUCUAUAUUUUCAGAGAAAGAGAGUUGAUAUAUGAUUUAUUCGAAGCUGCCACCGGUAUGAGAAUGAUGCAUAAUUAUUUUCGUAUUGGAGGAGUAGCUGCCGAUCUACCUUAUGGGUGGAUAGAUAAAUGUUUAGAUUUUUGUGAUUAUUUUUUAAUAGGACUUACUGAAUACCAACAACUUAUUACGCGAAAUCCUAUUUUUUUAGAACGAGUUGAAAACAUAGGCAUUAUUAGUGGAGAAGAAGCAAUAAAUUGGGGUUUAUCAGGACCGAUGUUACGAGCUUCCGGAAUACAAUGGGAUCUUCGUAAAGUUGAUCAUUAUGAGUGUUACGACGAAUUUGAUUGGGAAGUUCAAUGGCAAAAAGAAGGAGACUCAUUAGCUCGUUAUUUAAUCCGAAUCAGUGAAAUGGCAGAAUCUAUAAAAAUUAUUCAACAAGCGUUAGAAGGAAUUCCGGGGGGUCCUUAUGAAAAUUUAGAAAUUCGACGCUUUAAUAAAAUAAAAUAUCCUGAAUGGAAUGAUUUUGAAUAUCGAUUCAUUAGUAAAAAACCAUCUCCUGCUUUUGAAUUGUCGAAACAAGAACUGUAUGUAAGAGUAGAAGCCCCAAAAGGCGAAUUAGGAAUCUUUUUGAUAGGAGAUCAGAGUGUUUUUCCUUGGCGAUGGAAAAUUCGCCCGCCGGGUUUUAUCAAUUUGCAAAUUCUUCCUCAGUUAGUUAAAAAAAUGAAAUUGGCUGAUAUUAUGACGAUACUAGGUAUACAAGCUAUCAAUUCUUUUUCCAGAUUGGAAUCCUUAAAAGAGGUUUAUGGGACUAUAUGGCUGCUUUUCCCUAUUUUGAUUCUCGUAUUGGGAAUCACAAUAGGUGUACUAGUAAUUGUGUGGUUAGAAAGACAAAUAUCCGCAGGUAUACAACAACGUAUUGGACCUGAAUAUGCCGGUCCUUUGGGAAUUCUUCAAGCUCUGGCGGACGGAACAAAACUACUUUUUAAAGAAAACCUUCUUCCGUCUAGAGGGGAUACGUAUUUGUUUAGUAUUGGACCCUCUAUAGCAGUUAUAUCAAUUCUACUAAGUUAUUCAGUAAUUCCUUUUGGUUCUCGACUUGUUCUAGCCGAUUUAAGUAUUGGUGUUUUUUUAUGGAUUGCCAUUUCAAGUAUUGCUCCAAUUGGACUUCUUAUGUCAGGAUAUGGAUCAAAUAAUAAAUAUUCCUUUUUAGGUGGUCUACGGGCAGCUGCUCAAUCAAUUAGUUAUGAAAUACCAUUAACUCUAUGUGUGUUAGCAAUAUCUCUACGUUGAUUUUCUCAUCGACUAUGAUUAUCUAACAGUUUAAGUACAGUUGAUAUAGUUGAGGCACAAUCAAAAUAUGGUUUUUUGGGAUGGAAUUUGUGGCGGCAACCUAUAGGGUUUAUUGUUUUUAUAAUUUCUUCUCUAGCUGAAUGCGAGAGAUUGCCUUUUGAUUUACCAGAAGCAGAAGAAGAAUUAGUAGCAGGUUAUCAAACCGAAUAUUCCGGUAUUAAAUUUGGUUUAUUUUAUGUUGCGUCUUAUCUAAAUCUACUAAUCUCUUCUUUAUUUGUAACCGUUCUUUAUUUGGGUGGUUGGAAUCUUUCUAUUCCACACAUAGUCAUUUCUGGCUUUUUUGAAAUAAAUAAAAUAGAUGGAGUUUUUGGAACGACAAUUAGUAUUUUCAUUACAUUAGCUAAAACUUUUUUGUUCUUGUUCAUUCCUAUCACAACAAGAUGGACUUUACCUAGACUGAGAAUGGAUCAAUUAUUAAAUCUUGGAUGGAAAUUUCUUUUACCUAUUUCUUUAGAAACAAAAUCUUAUUUUUUUUUUAUUGAUAUUUACUAUAUGUUCCCUAUGGUAACUGGGUUCAUCAAUUAUGGUCAACAAACAAUACGUGCGGCAAGGUACAUUGGUCAAGGUUUUAUGAUUACUUUAUCCCACGCUAAUCGUUUACCCGUAACUAUUCAAUAUCCGUAUGAAAAAUUGAUCACAUCAGAGCGUUUUCGUGGUCGAAUUCAUUUUGAAUUUGAUAAAUGCAUUGCUUGUGAAGUAUGUGUUCGUGCAUGUCCUAUAGAUUUACCCGUUGUUGAUUGGAAAUUGGAAACGGAUCUUCGAAAGAAACGGUUGCUUAAUUAUAGCAUUGAUUUCAGAAUUUGUAUUUUUUGUGGUAAUUGUGUUGAGUAUUGUCCAAAAAAUUGUUUAUCAAUGACUGAAGAAUAUGAGCUUUCGACUUAUGAUCGUCACGAAUUAAAUUAUAAUCAAAUUUCUCUGGGCCGUUUACCAAUAUCAAUAACUGAUGAUUACACAAUUCGACCAAUUUUGAAUUCACCUCAACCAAAAGAGCAAUUCCGUGAUUGAAGAGCAAUUCUCAAUUAUUAAAUUUCUUUUUUUUCUUGUUCAAUAACUAUAAAUUUUGAUUAUUCAAUAUUCCUAUUUAUUGGUGAAAAUCGAAACUUUAUUUGGAUUUUAAAUAUGUUUACUGUAAUUGUAAUGGUUUUAAAUAGUUUUAGUUGCGAACUACCCAAACCAAUGCGAUAGGUUCAAUAACUUUACUUUACUCACAUCAAGUGAUACGCAUUAGGAUUUAAAAUCAAAAAUGCAUAAACUUUUUUUUUCCUGUUCAAGUCAAUAAAAUCAUGAAACAUUCCGAUUUUUUUAUUUCUUAUUUUACAUAUAAUGGAUUUACCUGGACCAAUACAUGAUUUUCUUUUAGUUUUUCUGGGGUCGGGCCUUAUAUUAGGUGGUCUAGGAGUAGUAUUAUUUACCAAUACAAUUUUUUCUGCUUUUUCGUUAGGAUUGGUUCUUGUUUGUAUAUCUUUAUUCUAUAUUCUAGCAAAUUCCCAUUUUGUAGCUUCUGCACAACUCCUUAUUUAUGUGGGAGCUAUAAAUAUAUUAAUAAUAUUUUCUGUAAUGUUCAUGAAUGGUCCGGAAUAUGACACAGAUUUCCGUCUGUGGACUGUGGGGGACGGGAUUACCUUAUUGGUUUGUGCAAG